ACUCUGGGUAAAAUCCUCCCUUCUACGUCAAAACAACAGCUUGGUUAGCUCUUGCUAGCUAACCUGACGCUAGUUAGUGGUGCGUCAGGUUCACCAACCAACUUUAAUGAUUUCUCGCGUCUGUAGGCCAUCUUUGCUGUAUGCAGUGUCGAUUUUGUUAUGAGACAUGCAGGAUAGGUACAACGAAGUAGGCUUUGUCCAGCAAAUACUCGGUUUGAAUUUGGUGCCGAGAAAAAAUAGUACAAACCGAGGCAAUGACACAUCUCUCAGCGACUUCUCAGAGAUGUGGUAUGGCGUGUUUCUGUGGGCAGCGGUCUCCUCUCUUGUCUUCCACCUGCCUGCAGCUUUACUGUCCCUAGCCUCACUGCGCCAGCACAAAUUUGCCCGGUUCAUGCCCAUUGCGAUCCUCCUUAUGGGCAUCGUGGGACCAGUGUUUGGGGGAGUCCUAACUAGUGCAGCUAUAGCAGGUGUGUACAAGGCAGCAGGGAAGACGAUGAUAUCUUUGGAGGCGCUGGUGUUUGGUGUCGGACAGUCGUUUUGUGUCCUCCUCAUCUCCUUCCUCAGGAUACUUGCCACCCUUUAGCAGUGCUGAGUUUGAUGUGGACUUUCUGGUGAAUACUGGCAUGAACAGUCCAGUCUGGGUUGUGAUGUCAUUUUCUAUGAUGCCCCAGGGUGGAUUUUUUUUUUCUCAACUAUCAAGAGAAAGGCAGUGUGUAAAUUGAUGGAGUGUAUGCUAUACAGCACUGAAAUGCUCUGUGUUUAAUCAUCUGUAUGAUAUUGACUGUAGGACAGCAUGUUGCUACAUUCACAUCCAGGCCUCCCCAUACUACAUCCAAUGAAAGUUACUUAGCAUUGUGUCCCAGGUUUUUUCUAAAGUCAGGUGUCGAGCUGAAAUCCUCAGUUUAGGAGUCUACACUUAUUCAAACGUAAUGUGAAAGCAGCAAUAUGCUGUUCUCUUCAGUUAGCAGAGCUUACAGUUCAGCAGCAGGAUGACACUAACCUCUCUCAGGGGCUGUGUGAGAGUGUGUGUGUGUUUGUGUGAGUGAGAGGGAGAGCGUGCGUGCAUACAUGUGCGCAUGCAUGCACAUUUCUCUGCCAGAGUGAUUGCAUAGAGAUAGAACAGCAGAUGGGCUGUUGUACUGUUAAAAUAGGGAGAUAAUGGUUAUAUGCAAGGUUAAUGCUUUUUCUCUUGAGGCCUUAAUUUCUAUUUUCUACCUUCCAAAGUGGUGUUUAUCUUCAGGGCUAUAUUUCCUUAAUUCUUUGUCCUGCUGCUCCUUGGGUUCUUUCUGGUGUUUUUGGUUGACAUUUUGACUGCCUGUGUGUUAAUAAUAAUAAUUCCAGGUUGUUUAGAAGCACCUAUAUGUCUCCCUCUAUUCCUCUCAGCUUAUGUCUUUCACACAGGGAUACAGUGGAGAUGCUAUUAUAAAGCUGAUUGUUUAGUUCAUAGCCCUGAAAAUGCAGCCUGUGUCUUCAGAGCUUCUCUGUUCACCUUCUUGAUUGUUCUGUCUUUAGGCUUGAUGAAGGGGGGGCAAACAUGAUCAGAUUGCUAAAUCAACAGAAAAGUGAUAUAAGUUUUUAAUAUUUUAGCUCUUUGAAUGAUAGUGUGUUUUUCAGGAUUAUUUUGUAACAAUGAACUGAUUUGUAUAUAUUCAAAAUUGUUUCCAGGUCUUUGUACGUUUUCAGUCUUUAUGAUCAAAUAUAAAUAAUUUUCUGCACUAAAUGUGCAUGUAUAAGUUUCCACAUUGUGACAGCUUUUUGGUUGAUUUUGGUAUCUGAGAGGUGCAUUUACAGUAAACUCUACAAGUAAAACGCA